UGUGACUGGACUCGGACAUCCUUUCUUCCUCCCUUCCAGUUCAUUAUGACGAUUCACCAUAUAGUCUUAUACAAGUUUAAGCCUGAGGCAACCCCUGAACAACGACAGAGCGUGAAGGACUCUGCCAGUGCCCUUGGAUCGCAGAUACCCGCAAUCCAGAGCCUCAUCACUGGCGAAACAGUGUACAAUGCCCUUGGACAUGGCUAUGAUGCUGGGGUUAUUUUUCUAUUUGAGAGCGUAGCCAAGUUGAACGAGUAUCGCCCACACAAGGCGCAUCUUGAUUACCAGGCGUUCUCAGCACCUUAUAUCGAAGAUAAACUCAUUUUUGAUAUCGAGACAGCUUAGAGGGGAAACUACUUAGCUUGAUAUCAUGCCGUACUAAGUACUUGUGUAGAUGGCUAAAUCCACUGCAAACAUCAUGAAUGUGAACACGAGGAAAUUGAUAAUCCUCGCCUUUGAGUUGCGACUUUGAUUUCUAUGUAGACAGGUAUUUUUGUCACUCGGGUACUUGCGCCCUGACAAGACAUAUCUUCACACUCAGUCACCCAAUCAGCUAUCAUACACUGUAUACCCAUCGCACUUAAAUAGAG